AACAUGACUGAGAUAAACUUUGGUAAUCUUCAAAUGGAGGAAAGAUAUAAAAGAUUAGAACGAACAUUAAAACUUGCUUCAUUGAAUAUGAAAAACCGAGAAAUACAUGAAUCAUGCGCAUCAUCAACAUCUCCUAGUAUUUCUAGCAUUAAUGCAGAUCCAAUUGAUUCUAGUACUAAUAACCCUUUCUUACAUACUUUAAAAAUUGGUAGUGAAGUUGUUUCUUCAAGUAAUAAUUUGAGAAAUAUACUUUUGAAAAGAAAUAGCAUUAACAGUGAUCAUAAAAUAAUUGCCACAUCAAGCAUUAAGAAGUUUAAUAUUGAAAAUGAUUGUCGGGUAGAUCGUCUUAGAAUGCCACCACCAAAGUCUGAUAGUUGUAUCCAUAAUUCUAAGAAACCAAAUAACAUAGAAACAUAUACUAUUGCAAAAUCUUCACCACAGAAUAUAUGUAGACCCUUUGAUAAUGUUAUUGAUUCACUUAAGGAAAAACAAAAUUAUAAACUACAAACUAAUUCUAAAAAUGUUCAAAAUAGGAAUAUUAUAUUAUUUACAAAAUGGAAAGUUGUGUUAAAUGAACAAGGCCAAUUGAUUAUUAAAGGAAAAGUUGACUGUGAAACAAUUGCUUGGAGUAAGCCUAUUAUAAGGAGAUUAACAAAUACUCAUGUUGAAUCUGUUUUUAAACAUUUGUACCACUUGCAAGGAAAUAUUGUUGAUGAUGAAGAUGAGUUACCAGACUAUGUUAGAGGUAAAUUUUACAAUGGCUUUCCUGAUGAUUGGGAAAAUGUCCAUCAAGUUUGGCAAACGUUUGUGCUGCAAGGAUGUAGAUUCAAUUUUCGUUGGCCUACUCCUAUUACAGACAGUGAUGAUGAUAUCAAAAGUGAAGCAACAGAUUUUACAUUUGUUUCUUCAGAAAGUCAUAAAAAUAAAAUAUCAAAUUUUAAAUCUGUCGAAGAACCUUAUACACUUGAAGCACCAGUCAAUUUUAAGUGUACCAAUAAUAUUGUGCAAAUGCAAAAUGAACACAAUCUUCAUGUACAUAAUGGAAAGUGCAAUUCAUUUAUACAAACAUGUAUAUCUGAUGAAAUUGAAAAGUCAUCUUGUAGUAAAGCCAACAUUCAAUCUUUGACAAAUGAACAGUAUGAUAAUGAUAAGGAAAAUUAUAAACAGCAAGAAAAUGUAAAUUUGAAUUGCUGUUGCGUUAAAAAUAAGCCAAGUAAAUUGAAGGAUAAACUAAAUGUUAUCAUAAAUAACUUAACAGAUAAAAAUUAUUCUCAAGAGGACAUUAGUAAAAUUAUUGAGGUAGUUGAUUGUUUAAAUUACGUUGUAUCACAUAUUUCAAUUAAAGAAGACGAAUCUAAUGUAGAAGAUUCAAAGUUGAUGGAGAAUAGGCAUUUAGAAGAAAAACGAAGUAAUAAAGUAAAUGACAAGUCUCAGGAGAAUGUCCAGUUUGAAUCAGUUCCAUUGCAAAGUUCUGUAGAUGAUAAAGUUAUAGAUUCCAAUAAUUUAUUGCAAAAGAAAAGAUCUUUUACAGAAAUGAUUACAGAUAAUAGCUGUACUUCUGAUAGCGAAAGUGAAAUUUAUGCAGGAAUCCCAAGGAUAAAACGGAUAAUACGACAGAAGGAAACAUUAUUAAAACCUUAUAGACGUAAAAUAAGAGAAAUGAAGAUACAUCGGAAACGUGAUAUACUGGAAAAACCAAGUACUUCAAACAUACCCAUAAUCACAUCAGACUGUACUAAUGAAAGUUAUAUAAAGAGAAAAUCUGAAAACCAGUGUGGUACAAAAUUCAAUAAUUCUAGUAGUAAUAUUAUGGCAGAUGAGAGAAAUCAUUUAAAAGUGGAAGAAUAUGUUAAUUCAAAUAUUCAAAGUAAACCUGACCAACAUUUAGAAUAUGGUACUAUGGAAAAAAGACAAUGGGUAGAUUCAAGCGAGUUUAUAAAAGGUAAACAUUCACACAAAAUAAAAGAAAAUUUUGUACAAAAAGAUUCAGUAGUUAUUCAUAGACCUAUCAAUUAUCAGUGUGAUACUUACAAAGUCACUGAACAGAAUGAAUGUAAGAUUGCUGUAACCAAAAGGUCUGAGAAUAAAAUGAUAGAAGCAAAUUCUUGCAUAGAAGCUUGCAAUGAAGAAGAAAAGAAAGAUAUGUAUGAUCAGGAACAAAAUCAUUUAUCUUGUCAGCAAUACAAAGAAUUUUCAUCUGGUUUAAGAAAUAUAAGUGAAACAAUAAAACCAGUUGUUAUUAGCUCAGUCCCUGUUGAUAUAAAAAUUAGAAAUAUACAAUUACAAAAUUCGAAGGUAAAUUUGAUUGAGAAUAGAAGUAUAGCAAUUCAAGAAUUAGAUGAGGAAAACAAGAGUAGCAGUUUGACACAUAAAGAGUCUCCUGUAAAAUUUAAUGCUGUCAGAAAAAAAAGCUCAAAUUUAUUGCCUAACAGUAAACGAUAUUCUGAAGAACACAUUAAAGAUCAAUUGAGUAACAUGGACUCUGUUCUUUCGAAAAAAUCAUUACAGGAUAAUUUUAAAAUUUCAGAAGGUAAUAAAUCUGCAAAUAAGUGUAAACCUAAAUUAUUAUCUGCUUGGACUCCAAGAGUUGUAUGCAAAUCAGGACUGCAUUUAAUUUUUGAGGGAAAAUUAUUAAACGAGGCUGGCCACGUUGUAAAUAGACGUUUUAAAACGGACAUAAUACUUCGUCGAAUAUCACCAAAACUGGUCGAGACAGUUCAUCAUGAAUUUUAUGAAUUAAUUGGCGACUUCAGUAAUUCAAAACAUGUUAUACCUAAAGAAUUAUUGCUGCAAUGUCGUUAUGGUUGUCCUACGAGGAUAGAACAGUUUUGUAGAACAUGGAAAUCAAUAAAAAAUAAUAAUAUUAUCGAUUACGUGGGUGCGUCAGAAAAGCUUAAUGCUUCAUUAGUGGAUACUGUAAAUGUUAGUGUAAGUUCGAAAGGUAGGAGGGUAAUACCAUCAUUAAGUUAUUGGACAGGAGAACGCAUUGUUUUGAAAGAUAACGAUCUAGUAUAUGAUCCUGGUUCUUCCCAAGAACCAGGAUUAAUAAAUAAUUCUCGUGAAAUUUUAGGUAAAAAUAUUAAAAAGGGAAAGCAAGGAAAGAAUAACAGUAAGAAAAGCAGUUUUUAUGAAUCUGAGGAUGCAAGCACAGGCUCACCAGAGAAAUUGAGAAAGACAGAGGGUAAUAAAUCCAAAAAAUUUGUAAUGAAAAAUAAGAGAAGGACUUCACAAAAAGUAAAAGAAUUAAGUGAUUCCAAUGAUGAUGAAAGUUCUACUGCUUGUCUGAAAACGGUUAAGAUAACACGCAAUGCGGUUAAUGUAAUGGAUAAACAGAAUACAGAAUUCAUAAAUAUUGAAAAUUUGGAGAAGCUUAAUACAGCGGCAGAAAAAUCGAUAACAAAAAAAUUAAGAGCAAGAAAAAAUAUUGAACCAAAUACAUCUCUUAUCAGUCCAUCCAAGCAAAGGAAUCAUCAGUCUUCAGCUGAGAAAUAUCAUGAUGUAUAUAUGUAUUAUCAAGAUAUUCCAGAUAAAGAUGACAUAUUAUCCGAUGAUCAAGUUUCUCACGUAUUAUAA